GCGCGGCGGAGGAGGGCUCCGGGAGGCCGCGGAACAGCGACCGCCGCCAUAUUAAGGAGCGCGGAGCCCGGGGUCCCGUCCGCGGCGGCCGCGGCCGGACCAGUGGAGCUGCGGGCGGCUGAGGCCGGUGCGGCGCGGCGCCGGGAGAGGCGGGGUCGGCGCAGCCAGCAGGCGACCGGAGCGAGCCAGAACAUUCUUCGGCUGCCUCCUCUCUUCUCACUCCUCUUCCGAGAAGCCUUCCGAGCGGAGUUGAGCACAGUGGGAAGUGGGUGUGAGCUCUGCCACGUGGUGCUGUUGAGCCCUGCCCGCUGUGCACACAGGCCAGCAGGGCUGACUUUGGCCAGCUGACCUUGGCCGGCGGGCUGGGCCUGCCCUGUGUCGCCAUGGACCAGGACUACGAGCGGCGUCUCCUCCGGCAGAUCGUCGUUCAGAAUGAGAACACCAUGCCCUGCGUCGCGGAGAUGCGGCGAACCCUGACGCCAGCCAACUCUCCCGUGUCCUCUCCCAGCAAGCACGGGGACCGCUUCAUCCCCUCCAGGGCCGGUGCCAACUGGAGCGUGAAUUUCCACAGGAUCAAUGAGAAUGAGAAGUCCCCCAGCCAAAACCGGAAAGCCAAGGAUGCCACCUCAGACAAUGGCAAAGACGGCCUGGCCUACUCUGCCUUGCUGAAGAACGAGCUGCUGGGAGCCGGCAUCGAGAAGGUGCAGGACCCGCAGACGGAGGACCGCAGGCUGCAGCCUUCCACGCCCGAGAAGAAGGGCCUGUUCACGUAUUCCCUCAGCACCAAGCGCGCCAGCCCUGACGAUGGCAAUGACGUGUCUCCCUACUCCUUGUCCCCAGUCAGCAACAAGAGUCAGAAGCUGCUGCGGUCGCCACGGAAACCCACCCGCAAGAUCUCCAAGAUCCCCUUCAAGGUCCUGGACGCCCCAGAGCUGCAGGACGACUUCUACCUGAACCUGGUGGACUGGUCGUCCCUCAACGUGCUCAGCGUGGGGCUGGGCACCUGCGUGUACCUGUGGAGCGCCUGCACCAGCCAGGUGACCCGGCUCUGCGACCUCUCCGUGGAAGGGGACUCGGUGACGUCUGUGGGCUGGUCUGAACGGGGGAACCUGGUGGCCGUCGGCACGCACAAGGGCUUUGUGCAGAUCUGGGACGCGGCUGCGGGGAAGAAGCUGUCCAUGCUGGAGGGCCACACGGCCCGCGUCGGGGCGCUGGCCUGGAACGCCGACCAGCUGUCGUCUGGGAGCCGGGACCGCAUGAUCCUGCAGAGGGACAUCCGGACGCCGCCCCUGCAGGCCGAGCGGCGGCUGCAGGGCCACCGGCAGGAGGUGUGUGGACUCAAGUGGUCCACGGACCACCAGCUCCUCGCCUCAGGAGGCAACGACAACAAGCUGCUGGUCUGGAACCACUCGAGCCUGAGCCCCGUGCAGCAGUACACGGAGCACCUGGCGGCCGUGAAGGCCAUUGCCUGGUCCCCGCACCAGCACGGGCUGCUGGCGUCUGGCGGCGGCACGGCCGACCGCUGCAUCCGCUUCUGGAACACGCUCACAGGGCAGCCGCUGCAGUGCAUCGACACGGGCUCGCAGGUGUGCAACCUGGCCUGGUCCAAGCACGCCAACGAGCUGGUGAGCACGCACGGCUACUCGCAGAACCAGAUCCUGGUCUGGAAGUACCCGUCCCUGACGCAGGUGGCGAAGCUGACCGGGCACUCCUACAGGGUCCUGUACCUGGCCAUGUCCCCUGAUGGAGAGGCCAUAGUCACUGGUGCUGGGGACGAAACCCUGCGGUUCUGGAACGUCUUUAGCAAAACCCGUUCGACAAAGGUAAAGUGGGAGUCCGUGUCAGUCCUCAACCUCUUCACCAGGAUCCGGUAGAGUCUCGGGCCUCGCCGUCCGGGUCGGCAGAGUCCCACCUCUCAUCAGCGUGCAUGGACCCUCCCCUCCCCAGCACACAGUCCCCAGAGGACGCAGCCGGGGCGGGCGGGGAGUCGGGCCUGGAGGACCCCGAAGAUUCUCAUUAAAGCCUGAUUGCGAACCCUG